AUGGGGAAGCAGAACAGCAAACUCCGCCCGGAGAUGCUCCAGGACCUGCGGGAAAACACGGAGUUCUCCGACCUGGAGCUGCAGGGCUGGUACAAGGGGUUCCUGAAGGACUGUCCCUCGGGCAUGCUGGACGUGGAGGAGUUCAAGAAGAUCUACGCCAACUUCUUCCCCUACGGCGACGCCUCCAAGUUCGCCGAGCACGUUUUCCGCACCUUCGACACCAACGGCGACGGCACCAUCGACUUCAGGGAGUUCAUCAUCGCCCUAAGCGUCACCUCCCGCGGCAAGCUCGAGCAGAAGCUGAUGUGGGCCUUCAGCAUGUACGACCUGGACGGCAACGGCUACAUCAGCCGGGAGGAGAUGCUGGAGAUCGUGCAGGCCAUCUACAAAAUGGUCUCCUCUGUCAUGAACAUGCCUGAAGACGAAUCCACCCCGGAGAAAAGGACGGACAAAAUCUUCCGACAGAUGGAUACUAAUAACGAUGGGAAGCUCUCGCUGGAGGAGUUCAUCAGAGGGGCCAAGAGUGACCCGUCCAUCGUGCGCCUGCUGCAGUGUGACCCCAGCGGGGCCAUGCAGUUCUGA